UUCAUUGCUUUUACUUUAAAACAUGUCGUGGAAACAGUUUAUUGGCUUCGCAAUUCUCGGCCUGACUUUGGCCCAACUCCACUCCGUGAACAGCCAAGCUGCUGUCACCACCUGUAAAAGUCCCUUCGCUCUAGUGAGCGACAAGUGUCUAUUAUGGCACAGCAAGUUUUUGAACUGGUAUGAGGCAGAUCGUCAAUGUCGUUCCCAGGGUGCCCAGCUGGUUAGCGUGCAGAAUGUGAGUCAGCUGCAGGCGAUCAACAAAUGGAUGAAGGCCUCAAGUCCAAACACUGUCGAGUUCUGGACCUCAGGCAACAAAUUAGGCAAUACACAAAAUCUGUAUUUCUGGGAGAGCACUGGACAGCAGGCUAAAUAUCUGCCUUGGGCUAAGAGUCAGCCCAAACCCAAAGACGGCGACUGCCUGAUGCUUUAUAGUGAAAUUAAAAACGGAGUGGUUGCCAACGAAUAUCUUCUGUCUGUCAGGAAUUGCACUGCGUGGUCUUCGAUUGUCUGUGAGCAGGUGCCAACUAAAUCUGUGCAACGCACUUGCCUGAUGCCGAACUCCUUUGAAACGGUCCAGGUGCAGCAGAAUUGAAUAAAACCUUGGAAGUAUUUUUUCGAA